GGAAACAGCGAGGACAAGAGACGCGCGGUUUGAAACUGUUGGCAGUUGAUUGUCGACUCGUACUUGGAGGAGGUUGAGACUCGACAGCGUGGCUGUGAGUGAAAGGCGCGUGCUUUAGAAAAACAGUUUCACCUGGUUCACCAAUCCGUGUGCAACAAAAUGGAGACUCUACUGUCGAAAGCUGAGAUCCCUAUCAUAGACCUGUCUUAUAUGAGUACGACAAUGGCCGCACCUUGCAAGACCAGCCUGCGUCGGGUAGCUGCUCAACUGCACCGCGCCCUGUCCGAGAAGGGCCUUGCGCUGCUCGUCAACCAUGGCAUUCCCGACGACAAGAUAAGGGCGGUGUACGAGGCUAUGGACAAGUUCUGCGACCUGCCGCAUGAAGACACCCACAAGUACAUCAGGAAGCCUCCCGACAAUCACGGCUACGUUCCUUCCGGCCUCGAGAAGUUCUCGGAGGACAAGGAUCUGCAGGAGGUGCGACACACCUUUAAUGUGGUGCGUCUGGACGGACAGCUGCCGGACGCGGAGGUGCCCGGCUUCCAGGCGGCCGUCACGUCGCUGGCGCAGGACUUCCGCCGCCUGGCGCUGCUGCUGCUGCGCGCCCUGGCCGUGGCCCUCGAACUGUCGCCGGACUUCUUCCUGAGCAACCACAGCAGUAUGUGGAAGCCAGGCAACGAGUCGUGCAUGCGGCUGCUGGACUACCCGCCCUUCACGGCGCCGCCCAAGCCCGGCGUGAUGCGCUGCGGAGAGCACGCCGACUACGGCACGUUCAGCCUCCUCACGCAGGACUGCGAGGGCGGUCUGGAGGUGCUGAUAGGCGGCAAGUGGGGUCGGGUUGGCCAUCUGCCGGGCUCCAUCCUCAUCAACGCCGGGGAGCUCUUGGCGACGUGGACUCGCAACAAGUACCCUGCUCUGCGGCACCGCGUGAUCGUGCCAGAGAACGAGGCUGCCUACUGCAAGGGUCGCCACAGCAUCGCGUUCUUCGUGCACCCGGACAACGACACGCCCAUCGCGCCCCUGAGCAGCCCCGUGCUGGAAGAGCAGGCCGCGGAGCCGCCCCAGCCCCCGGCCAGCCCCACCAAGCACCACUCCAAGCACGGCAGCAUCUACACCGCGUACCAGCACCUGCAGAUGAGAUUCCGCGAGACGUACGCCUCCUAGUCUUCACUGCUGGGGAUCGCGAGCAUUCGCAAAUUCAUUUUGCCACGGGCCGAAACUCGACCGGUAGAAACUUUUGUGCUGUGUCAAUAACAAUCCCCAACCACAAAAGUAGUACUGAAUCAAAGGCAAAUUAGUCGAGAUCCAACAGCCACUGAAAAUGAGCAGAUGAUGAUAGGUUCGAGCACUUACGAGGACUGCAGGCGAAUGAACUUGCGAAUUUGGCUGGUCCCUGCCGACAACUUGUGCCCUGCACGGUGGCAAGUUAGAACUGAUAAAGCACUACAGGUAGUUCAACACUACUUUCUUGUACAAUUUGAACUGUAUGUACCUAAUAUUGUGUUCAAUGCCACAAACAGUUUUUUUGAGAUAAAUUUGUACUGAUAAAGCCCAAAAUAUUUUACUUUUUCUACUUUGAAUAUUAAAUUAAACAGAGUAAUGAAAACCUA